AUCCUACAUAAAAAGUGAGUGGGCACAGGGAGACCAGCAACACACAGGGCAAGGCACCCUACACCACCCUACAUUACACCACCUUUCAGUACACCAACCUACACCACUCUACACCAAUUCACCGCACCCCUGCCAACCGAAGCCACCACCGGAAGAAGAGAAGGGGGAAUCGGAUCAGAAGAGAUGGCUCUGUCGUGCGAACGAGGAGACCUCCUCUUGGGUUAUGUGCUGGGGGUCCUGGUUCUCUCCUUCCUCUCCUACCCGGUCUCCGUUGGAGGAGCGGCCCUAAAGAUGGAGGCCCUGCCAGAGGCCGGGGCCACAGUGCUGAACCACUCCAUGGCUCUGGUGCAGCGCAUGGAGAACCUGAUGGCCCUGGGCAACGCCAGCGACGUGUCCCUGCGGGUGCAGACCCUGAACACGGAGGAGGUGAAGGUGCUGCCGGCCCACUCCCUCGUGCUGAGCCUGCAGAGCGACGUCUUCCGGGACCUGCUGCUCGCACGCAACGGCAGCGCCCUGGUGCUCAGCGAGACCGCCGAGUGCGCCGCCGUCUUCGACAAGUUCCUCAGGUAUCUGUACUGUGGGGACAUCUCCGUCCGCCUGGACCAGGCCAUCCCUCUCCACCAGCUGGCCACCAAGUACCGUGUGGAGGGUCUUCAGCUCGGCCUCACUCAGUUCAUGAGCCAGCACCUCUCCAGCGAGUCCCCGUCCGGCCACGUGGUGGGCUGGUACCAGUACGCCCAGCGCAUCGGAGACGCCCCUCUGCAGGACAGCUGCCUGCGGUACCUCUCCUGGAACCUGUCCUCUGUGCUGCAGAGCGCCGAGUGGACCUCCGUCAGCGCCAACCUGCUGCUGACCCUCCUGCGCCGCUCCGACCUGGUGGUGCAGAGCGAGCUGGAGCUCUACGACGGCCUGGAGGCCUGGGCGGCCCGCAACCGUCCCGGCAGCCCCACGGCGGAGCGCGCCCUGGAGGCCAUCCGCUACGGGAUGAUCCCGCCGCAGAAGCUCUUCCGCCUGCAGAAGAACUCGCCGCUGAUGCAGAAACACUACGGCGCCGUGCGGGACCUGCUCUACCUCGCCUUCCAGUUCCACGCCACCCCGCCCGUCCAGCUCGCCAAGUACUUUGAGGUGAACUGCAGCAUCUUCACCCCGCGCAACUACCUGUCGCCGGCCUGGGGCGCACCCUGGGUCAUCAGCAGCCCCACGCGCGACGACCGCAGCUUCAGCUUCCAGACGCAGCUGGGCCCCAGCGGCCACGACUCCAGCAAGAAGGUGACUUGGAACGCCCUGUUCUCGCCCCGCUGGUUCCCGCUGGGCGCCCGGGCGUCGUACGCCGAGCCGGGCGCCAUGAUGCCCUCGCUGACCGACGGCGGCCGGCCGCGCAUCAUCGUCACGCCCGCCACCUCCAGCCCGGACUUUGCGGGCGUGAGCUUCCAGAAGACGGUGAUGGUGAUGGCGCGGCAGCAGGGGAAGGUGGUGGUGCGCCACGUCUACAAUUUCCACCAGAGCACGGAGGAGGCCGGGGACUUCCUGGCCGAGGCGGACCUGCAGCGCCGGGCGUCGGAGUACCUGAUCGACAGCGCCCUCUACCUGCACGUGGUGGUGAAGCCGGUGUACCACACGCUGAUUGUGGCCAAGAAGUGAGCGGAGGCUCCGCCCAUAAGCAGUCACUCACCGUAACCACGGCGCUCAUAUCACAACGCUUGUUUUUGACGUGUCUUUUUGAACGGCUCUUUUUGUCUAAAACCGGUGAGCUGUUUGGUCUUCCAGACGUUUAGAGUGAGAGUGACGAGUUGUGGUUUUCAACUGUGACGCGAUCGGCGGUUCAGUGACAACGUCGAGAAGUCAAUCAGGGGGGAUGAUUGGGGUUUUGGAGUGACAAUCAUAGUCAGAAAGUACGAUCCUAUUUCUUAACCCUUUGACUUUCCCAUCCGACAUCCGAAAUAAAAUAAAAAACGGUUUUCUGCUUACAUUUUGGAUAUGAAAUGAGUUGCUUUGUUUUAAUUUCAUGUUAAUAAUUAAUUCUUAGAUUACACUGUAUUUCUUUACACCAUAUUAUUAGAUGAAUAGGCCUACAAUCAUAUUUAGACACUAUUUCUGUUUCUAUAGAAUACAUGCUAUUAAAUGUAGGCACAUAGGCUACAUGUAAUGGCUUGCAUAUGGAUGCUAUUCAAGAAACCAACUAAUAAUCUCCUUGUCAUUUUAUAAAAUAUAGUGUGCUAUUUAGUUACUUUAAGGGCACACAUCAUUGUUUAGAACGCACAUAGACCUACUAGUAAAAUAAUAUUCCUUUUAU